AAAUAAAUAAAUAAAUAAAUAGAUAAAAAGAAAAGAAAGAAUAGGCGACUGUACGUCGGUGAAGCGAGAGCACAAAGUGAUUCGACGAAAUCUUUUGGAAAAAAUUAUCGACGUGCACAGAGGCCGCCGGGAGACCCCCCGUUCGGUUUGAACUUUCCAGAAAAACAGAGCGAGAAAGACAGCGGCUAGGUGUGCAGAGCAAGGUGAGAGAAAAGGAAAGCGACUUACCGCGGUAUAGGAAGAAAAAGAGUGUGUACUCUUCGUCACAAAGUGAGUGCCGGCUAUCGAGAUGGCGUUUAUGAUGCCCGUUAUGAAAAACGAGUGGGACAUUUAUAAGACCAACCGCAGUCGGCGAUCCUCCGAGUGUUCCAACCCUCAGGGCUGUCGCAGUAGGAAGGUAUCGGAGUGUUCAAAAUCCGAAGGGCCAUCAUUGUCCACUUCGCCGGGAUCGGACUUUCUGACGUCGCCGGCUCAUCGUUCGGUACCCCUCACUUCCCGACAUUUCUCAAGAACGUCCUCGAGGGCAUCUCAGAACUCGUUGCAGAGCCCAAGCAAGAGUACCGGCUCGUCUCCGCCGAAAACCGGCAGUUCUAACUCCUUGAAUAAAUUCCACAAUCGAUUAGUGGACAAGCUGAAAAGGUCGAUAAAGAAGGCCGAUGAUACCGCGGAAGAUCAACGAAAUUUGUCGUGAAACAGUCAAGGGGUUUUGGGCCGGCCACCGAUUCCCGGCUCGAAACCGAUCGAGAUCCGACGUACUUCUGCACCCAUUACCACGUCCGCGACGAUCUACGAGGGGGUGGCACGAUCCUGUCCGGAUUCGUCGCCUUCGGCGUGGUAAAGCAAAAUAAACAACAAUAAAGAUGACAACGAUAGCAACAGGAUCGGACGAAUGAGAUGAGAAUCGUUUCCCGCGAUUUGUUUGCUGAUGACGAGGAUAAUGAUCGAUUGCUGCAUCUAACUAUGCUUGGAGACAUAACGCUAACACAAAGCGGAGCGAAAGAAGUUGCGCGGCUUUUUACUAAAAUAUAAUAUCAAGGACCGAGGACAGUGUCCUUUGAAAGAAAAAUCGAACUAAGGAAUGAACAGAGCACGACCCUAGAAUUGAAGAUGAUCGCAAUCAAUGGCUGACAUUCUACCAGCUAAAUCUCCGUAUCUUUGUAGGUUACAACGCUCUCUUUUACGUUUCCUCUGCAAUCCGACAGUGAAGAUAUCGCGAGAUAUACAUAAUUAUUUCGAUCCCUUACAUUUUCUCAUUGGAUUGGAAAUACUGAGAAACGGGUUACGACCGCCGCGAGGUUACAUUUCUAUUCCUCUUUACAAAAUACGCAUUGAUUUCAUGAAGUAUCGGAAUUAUUCGCGAGGAUCGACAUGUGCUCCUCCUCACUGUGACUGACUGUUUAGAAUGACGAAUAAAACGAAACAGAGAAAGAAAAAGAAGCAGAUUGAGCGAGGUAGAGAGAGAGAGAGAGGGAGGG